ACUUCACAUUGACAAAGAAAUAAGAAACUCUCGUCUCUCUCAGGCAAAUCCUUCUCUCUCCAAUGCCACCUCUCACGCUUCACAUCGCCCAUAGUUGAUAAACUUUCCGUCACUUUCCCGGGAAAAAGAUUCCGGAAAAGCCCUGGCGCAAGCGCAAUGGGCAGAAAUUCCUCGCCUUCUCCGGAUAACACCUUCGACGCCAAUGGCAACGCCGGCGGCGGGAACGAUCUAGGUUUCCACUCGAUCCGCGACCGCCUGCGCUUCAAGCGGAACCCUAACCCUAGCCACGACCGAGACCGGACCAAGGUGUUCGCGGAUCGCGCCCCCGUCCGCGGCCGAUCGCACUACAACAGCCGUUUCAAUCGCAAAGGCUUUCUGUGGUUCAAAGGAAAGUCCACGCUCUAUUUGGUAAUCAUCUUCGCGGUGUUCCUUUUUGGAAUGGCGUCCAUGGUGUUGCAGAGCUCGAUCAUGUCGGUGUUCAAGCAGGGGAGUGAGAGAGGGAGGUUGCUCAGAGAAGGCUUGAAGUUCGGGACCACGCUGAGGUUCGUUCCUGGCAGGAUAUCGCGGCGAUUGGCGGACGCGAAUGGCCUCGAUCGGUUGCGUAAUGAGCCGAGGAUUGCUGUUCGGAAGCCGAGGCUUGCUCUUGUAUUAGGAAAUAUGAAGAAAAAUUCAGAGUCUCUGAUGUUAAUCACUAUUGUGAAGAAUAUUCAAAAACUUGGUUAUGCGCUCAAGAUUUUUGCAGUAGAGAAUGGCAAUGCUCGUACAAUGUGGGAGCAACUUGGAGGCCAGAUUUCAAUUUUAGGUUUCGAGAGUUAUGGCCAUAUGGAUUGGUCAAUUUUUGAAGGUGUUAUUGUUGACUCUCUUGGAGCAAAGGAAGCAAUUUCAAGCCUCAUGCAGGAGCCUUUUUGUACAGUACCAUUGAUAUGGAUAGUUCAAGAAGAUACCCUUGCAAGCCGUCUUCCAGUGUAUGAAGAAAUGGGCUGGAUGCACCUUAUUUCUCACUGGAGAAGUGCUUUUAGCAGAGCUAAUGUUAUUGUAUUUCCAGAUUUUAGUCUGCCGAUGUUAUAUAGUGUGCUAGACUCGGGAAACUUCUUUGUCAUUCCUGGAUCACCAGUAGAUGUUUGGGCUGCCGAAAGCUACGUCAAGACCCACUCCAAAACACAGUUGAGGAUGGAUUAUGGAUUUGGUAAAGAGGAUUUGUUGGUUCUUAUAGUCGGAAGCUCAACCUUCUACAAUGAGCUAGCAUGGGACUAUGCUGUGGCAAUGCAUUCCGUAGGACCUUUGCUAAUAAAGUAUGCUAGGAGGAAAGAUUCAGGAGGGUCCUUUAAAUUUGUUUUCUUAUGUGGUAAUUCCACUGAUGGAUAUAAUGAUGUCUUAAAGGAAGUUGCUUCACGUCUAGGAUUACAGGAUGAUUCCUUGAGGCAUUACGGCUUGAACAGUGACGUGAAAAGCUUGUUAUUAAUGGCUGACAUUUUUCUUUAUGACUCCUCCCAAGGUGUACAAGGUUUUCCACCAUUACUUAUCCAAGCUAUGACUUUUGAAAUUCCAGUAAUAGCACCUGAUUUCCCCGUCUUGCAGAAAUAUAUAGUUGAUGGAGUCCAUGGAAUAUUCUUUCCAAAACAUAAUCCGGACGCUUUACUGAAGGCUUUCUCAUUCCUGAUUUCAAGUGGAAAACUUUCUAGAUCUGCUCAAACAGUUGCCUCGUCUGGAAGACGGCUUGCAAAGAAUAUCAUGGCAACAGAAUGUAUAAUGGGGUAUGCAAGACUUCUGGAGAGUGUGCUAUAUUUUCCUUCUGAUGCUUUUCUUCCAGGUCCAAUUUCUCAGCUUCAUCUGGGGGCUUGGGAAUGGAACUUGUUCCAGAAGGAAAUAGAUUUGAUAGGGGAUGAAAUGUCACACAUAGCUGAGGGGAAAUCUGCUGCUAAAAGUGUUGUUUAUGCCCUUGAAGAAGAGCUCACAUAUUCUGCUAAUUCUCAAAACUUCUCCGAGGAUGGAACUGGGAAUCUGGAACAAGAUAUCCCAAAGCAACAAGAUUGGGAUGUUUUAGGGGAAAUUGAAAGCUCUGAAGAAUAUGAGAGGUUAGAAAUGGAUGAGCUUGAUGAAAGGAUGGAAAAAGUCUCUGGUGUAUGGGAUGACAUAUAUCGUAAUGCUCGAAAAUCUGAAAAACUAAAGUUUGAGCCAAAUGAAAGGGACGAGGGAGAACUGGAGAGGACAGGCCAGCCGGUAUGCAUUUAUGAGAUAUACAGUGGAGCUGCAGCCUGGCCAUUCUUGCACCAUGGUUCUUUAUACCGUGGGCUGAGUCUUUCUGCUGGAGCACGGAAGUUGAGAUCAGAUGAUGUAAAUGCUGUUGGUCGGCUUCCCAUUUUAAAUCAAACCUAUUACCGGGACAUUCUAUGUGAAAUUGGAGGAAUGUUUGCUAUUGCAAAAAAGGUGGAUAACAUUCAUGGGAGACCUUGGAUUGGAUUUCAAUCAUGGCAUGCUGCUGGUAGGAAGGUUUCACUGUCCCCGAAAGCUGAAAAGGUUUUGGAAGAAACAAUACAAGAGAACACUAAAGGAGACGUAAUCUAUUUUUGGGCACGUCUAAACAUGGACGGAGGUGUGACAGGAAGCAAAAAUGCACUUACCUUUUGGUCUAUGUGUGACAUCUUAAAUGGAGGAUACUGCAGAACUGCUUUUGAAGAUGCAUUCCGUAGAAUAUAUGGCUUGCCAUCACAUAUAGAAGCUCUGCCCCCCAUGCCUGAAGAUGGUGGUCACUGGUCUGCAUUGCAUAGUUGGGUUAUGCCGACCCCUUCAUUCCUGGAGUUUGUUAUGUUUGCCCGGAUGUUUGCUGAUUCUCUUGAUGCCUUGCACGCCAAUGUUAGUAAAGAAAAUACGUGUUUGUUAGGUUCUUCGGACAUUGAGAAAAAACAUUGCUACUGUCGGAUGUUAGAAGUCCUUGUCAAUGUCUGGGCUUAUCAUAGUGCACGUAAAAUGGUUUACAUCGAUCCACACGCUGGUUCAUUGGAAGAGCAACACCCAGUUGAGCAACGCAAAGAAUUUAUGUGGGCAAAAUACUUCAAUCAAACCUUGUUAAAAAGAAUUGAUGAAAAUUUGGCAGAGGCUGCAGAUGAUGGUGACCAUCCAAGUGAGAUGUGGUUAUGGCCAUUAACCGGCGAAGUACAUUGGCAAGGUAUAUAUGAAAGGGAGAGGGAACAAAGAUAUAGGCUAAAGAUGGACAAGAAAAGGAAGACAAGAGAAAAGUUGUUCGAAAGGAUGAAAUAUGGUUACAAGCAGAAGUCGCUUGGAGGAUAGCGAGCUUGUAGUAUCCAAAAUGGUUGAAUUCUAUCUCACAAAGACUUGACUUAACAUGGCUACGGAGACACUAAUUUCUCAACACAGGAAUUUGGAAGCGACCUGAGGAUUGAGAACACGGUCAAUUCUUUCUAACAACAUCAAUAUAUUCGACUAUACAGUUUUUAUUCCUUUUUUUUUUUUACUGGAUAUAUACACGUAAUGAGGUCAAGGGGAGAGAAAAGAAGCUUCCCAGCAAUGGUGACUCUCCAGCAUCUGUACCUUGUCAUCCCAACUCCCAAGCGGAUAAGAGUAUACAAAAGGGUUCUUGAGGAUUAAACCGACACUUGUUGAGAUUCUUUUUUUCCCUAUUCAGAACAAUCAGCUUAGUGAGUAGAGUAUUUAUUCUUUAUUACUUUGUAUAUUCUUUGGGAAAGAACAAUUUUGAUUAGAAUAAAGCUAUUUAUGCUUGAUUAUAAGGAGAAAGAGUGAAAAAAAAGAAGCGGAUUUAGCUUGAGCAUUUUCGGCUGUUCAUUUUGAAUGCUUUUUACCCAACAAAGAAGUCAGUGUGUGAAGUUUUGAAAACUUGAAGUGACUUAGAUCAGAGGUUACUGGAGCCUGCAACCAUUCAAUCUUGUCAACAUAGCGCAGCACAUGCACCUAUUUCCGAAGGCAUUUCGAGAAUAAAAUAGAACCCACCAUUUUUUCCCCGUCCAAUCUCACAGCUCACUCACUAUCUUUGCACCUGCAAAACCUCGAAAUA